AUGGGCAAGUCAAACCUUGAGCUCGUCGUCGAAUGCGAUAACUUCCCUUACUACGAGGAUGACCGCGCUGCAUACACGGAGAACCUCAACAACUACCAUGCCUUCAAAGUAUCUGGAUACAGCGCUACUCUUGGAUAUAUCCUGAAUGCCGUGGUGGAGAAGUUCCCCUGGCCAAAAAACAGCUGGAACAUCGACUCCGAUUCCCGCACUGUGACACUAGUAACACCCCCGAAUGCCGACCCCGCACUCCGAAGCAGCCUCGUAGCGGAGGCCAUCAACGAAGCAGUCAAGCAAGACAAAUUCGAGAUCUUGAGGGGAUGGCGCAACGAGAAAUACCCUGUCUACGGGCCGGGUGGUGAAUUCCUCCUCGACAUGGAACGUUGCGCCUCCCCGCUAUUCGGCAUCGUUUCCUACGGCGCCCAUAUGACAGGCUACACGCGCGACGAAUCCGGAUACAAGAUUUGGGUUCCACGCCGCUCAAAGACCAAGCAGACUUACCCCGGUCUCCUCGACAACACUGUCGCAGGCGGCAUGUGCACCGAUGAAAUCCCAUUCGAGUGCAUUGUCCGCGAAGCAAUGGAAGAAGCCUCCCUACCUGAGGACAAGGUCCGCGCAACAAUUGCUGCCCGGGGAUGCGUAACAUACUCGCAUGUGCGUGACGCACGGGCCGGCGGCGAGACAGGUCUAAUUCAGCCCGAGGUCGAGUAUGUUUAUGACCUUGAGCUGGAUGCAGAGACGAUCCCUAAGCCUUGUGACGGUGAAGUCGAAGAGUUCAAGUUGUUGUCUAUUCCCGAGAUUCGGGAGGCCCUCGCGAAUGGCGAGUUCAAGCCCAAUUGCGCUACUAUCAUGAUUGAUUUCUUUAUUCGACAUGGCAUUUUGACUGCGGAGAAUGAGCCGGAUUUCUUGUCUAUUAUUGCGGGUUUGCAUCGCCGAUUGGAAUACCCCACUGCCUCGCACUCUUUUAAGCGAUUUGAGAUGGCGGCGAUCAGGCCAACGGCUUCCAGACUGGAGUGGAUCUUGAGAGAGAUCUUUUUGCAUGGAAAUACAGGUUCUUUGAACGCAUGUGACUCGGCCAGAGCUUCAGUCGUGACGAGUGUAGUACCCUCGUCUUCCUGAACGACCAGCUGCGGCUG